GCUGGAGAAACAAAAGAGGAUAGGCACCUGGUGCUGUUUGUGGGCUCUUCCCCCACCUAGUAGAGGAGGCGCGAGAAGGAUGCAUCAGAGAUGCCAGGGCAUCAGGGGCAGCAGGCAGCUCUGCCAGAGGGGCCUAGGCAGCCUUUACUCUAGCUUCCACCUGGGGAGCUGUUUGAGCUCAACCUUGUUGCAUGAGGACCAGAAAAGUGCAAGCUCAUGGAUGCUGAAGCCCUGGCUCAUUCUCAGAACCCUAAGGAGUUCGGCAUGGUUUAAGGCUGCUGACUUGUGCAGAGAACUACACAUGAGGUGGGAGGGCAGGGGCCACAUUGUGACAGUGGUAAAGACUGCAUUGAAGAGCUGGGACCCAUCAGAGGGCUCCAGAAAGCACAGGAUCUUAAGCAAGAAAGCUAUGUGGCUUGACCUGUCCCUGAGGAAGAGUACUUGAGCAGAGAUGGGGCAGAGAAGCAGUCAGGAAGCCCGUGCACUCAUCCAGACUCUUCCACUGCCUCCCAAAUAAAGCCAAAACAUCUCAAGGGGACCUCCCUGUGAUUGCCACAAGACCCAACUUCAGCCCUUUCUGGAACGCCCCAUGCCUUCACCAUUGCCUGCUCCCUCGGUGCUGGGAACCGCUUUCCUCUGUCCCUCAUACUCCCAGGCGGAUGGCCCCUCCCCCAGAAGCCGGCCCUGCCUGCCUGCUUUCACGGUAAAGGACUGCAUGCGGCGCCCCCGUGUGGUCGAGAGCCGCAGCGGCAGUGGCCGCGGCAGGCAAGAUGGUGGAGUUCUGGGCACCGCCCCUUCCGCCCGAGCGGGCGUCGCACGAGGCUGGCUUAAAGGGGAAGUGAGUCAGUGUCCGUGGACCCGGCCGGCCGAGGCCCCAAGAGGCCCCGGCCCGGUGGCGCCUUCGGCGGCCAUGGCUGGGGGCCUGGGCCCGGGGGACCCCGCAGCCCCCGGCGCCCAACACUUCUUGUACGAGGUGCCACCCUGGGUCAUGUGCCGCUUCUACAAAGUGAUGGACGCCCUGGAGCCCAGCGACUGGUGCCAGUUCGCUGCCCUUAUUGUGCGUGACCAGACCGAGUUGCGGCUAUGUGAACGCUCCGGGCAGCGCACUGCCAGCGUCCUGUGGCCCUGGAUCAACAGAAAUGCCCGAGUGGCUGACCUCGUGCACAUCCUCACGCACCUGCAGCUGCUCCGCGCGAGGGACAUCAUCUUGGCCUGGCAACCUACCGUCCCCCUCCCAUCCUCCAGCACCACCAAUCCGAGAACCAGCAGCAUCACCGAACUCCCUGAGGCCAAGGCCCCCAGCCCCCGGAAGUCGCUGUCACCAGCUUCCACCCUCCUCUCCCCAGGUGUUCCAGGCUCCCAGACCCAUUCUGGGCCUGAGUACAGUCCUGUCCCAAGCCCUGCUGCCCUACAGCCACCACCACCAUCUCUAGCCUUUCCUUCUACCAAGCAGAGCCCAGAGAAUCCAGUGUCCUUUCUGCAAGGGACCCACCCCUCUCCAUUCUGCUGGCCCCUCCAUGAGAUUUCCCAGGGCACCCACAACUUCUCAGAGGAGUUGAAGAUCGGGGAGGGCGGCUUUGGAUGUGUGUACCGGGCUGUACUGAGGAACACGGUGUAUGCUGUGAAGAAGCUGAAGGAGGAGGCAGACCUGGAGUGGACCACUGUGAAGCAGAGCUUCCUGACCGAAGUGGAGCAGCUGUCACGGUUUCGUCACCCAAACAUCGUGGACUUUGCUGGCUACUGUGCUCAGAGUGGCUACUACUGCCUUGUGUAUGGCUUCCUGCCCAACGGCUCCCUGGAAGACCGCCUCCACUUCCAGACCCAGGCCUGUUCUCCUCUCUCCUGGCCUCAACGCCUGGACAUCCUUUUGGGCACAGCCCGGGCGAUUCAGUUUUUACAUCAGGACAGCCCCAGCCUCAUCCAUGGAGAUGUCAAGAGUUCCAACGUCCUUCUGGAUGAUAGACUGAUGCCUAAACUAGGAGACUUUGGCCUGGCCCGUCUCAGCCGUUUUGCAGCGGCCAACCCUGGUCAGAGCAGCACCGUGGCCCGGACACGGACGGUGCGCGGCACCCUAGCCUACCUGCCCGAAGAGUAUAUCAAGACCGGGAGGCUAGCUGUGGACACGGAUACCUUCAGCUUUGGCGUGGUAAUUCUGGAGACCCUGACUGGCCAGAGGGCUGUGAGGACGCAUGGUGACAAGACCAAGUAUCUGAAAGACCUGGUUGAAGAGGAAGCCGAGGAGGCCGGGGUGUCCCUGAAAAGCACCCAGACCACGCUCCAAGAGGGUCUGGCUGCAGAUGCCUGGGCUGCCCCAGUUGCCACCCAGAUCUACAGGAAGCACCUGGACCCCAGGCCAGGGCCGUGCCCACCUGAGCUAGGCCUGGCCCUGGCCCAGCUGGCUUGCUGCUGCCUGCAGCGUCGGGCUAAGAGGAGGCCCCCCAUGACCCAGGUGUACGAGAGGCUGGAGAAGCUUCAGACAGCAAUGGCAGGGCCAUCCCUGGAGCUAGAAGCUGCUAGCCGCAGCCCCCCUUCCCCACAGGAGAACUCCUACAUGUCCACCACCAGCAGUGGCAGCCCCUGGCAGCCCCUGGCAGUACCCACAGGAGCCCCGGCCCAGGCUCCAGAGCGGCUCCAGAAAGGCCCCAACCAGCCUGUGGAGAGUGACGAGAGUGUGUCUGAUCUGUCUGCUGCCCUGCAUUCCUGGCACCUGACCGCAAGCUGCCCUGCAGGCCCCGCCCUGCUAGAUAGCCCUGGACAAGGGGCCGCCACGUGGACCCCAGCACCCCUUGGGCAGGCCAGCUGUACUCAAGGGGGUCCCGCCCAAGAAUUGACAUGCAGGAGCAGCCCAGAGCCCCGGUCCACAGCUGUAGAAGGGUCACUCCUGGGUAGCUCUGCGUCAUCACGGCCACCACAGAUUGUCAUCAAUCCGGCCCGACGGAAGAUGGUGCAGAAGCUGGCCUUGUACGAGGACGGGGUCCUGGACAGCCUGCAGCUGCUGUCAUCAAGCUCCCUCCCAGGUUUGGGCCUGGAACACCAACACAGGCAGGGCCCGGAAGAGAGUGAUGAGUUUCAGAGCUGAUCUGUUCACCUGGGCAGAUCCCCCAAACCCGGAAGUCAAAGUUCUCAUGGUCAGAAGUUCUCAUAGCACACAAACCCUCAGGGGCCCGCGGGCAGUAGGGGCGGGGGCCCCAGCCUCACAGGGGAGAGUAGCCCCUGUGCUGUAGGGGAAUGGGCACAGGCCGGGCUCAGUGCCACCCGGGGCUGCUGCUGGAAGCUGUCAGUAGGACAGGACAUCUCACAGGCCUGCCUUCGGUCCAGCAUUCGGGGGGAGAGGAAUGCGAGCCUGAAGGCUGCCAGCUGCACAGGCCAGAGAGGAGAGGUGAGGAGGACCAUGGGUACAGUGGGAUAAAGUGGGGAGCCGCUACCCCAGAGUUGGGCAAGGCAUUUGCAGCCCAGGCCUACCGCAGCCACCCUUAACCUUUCUUUCUGAAUUUUGCUGAAGCCCUAGGGGAAAGCGGCCAUUCUGUAGAAUAGAGCAGAGGAGGCCUGGGGUCCUCCCAGCUGCUUGAAACGCGCGAAAGAGAGUUGUGGCCGUCCUGUGGCUCAGUCCACUAGAAGUGAGAGUUCUGAGAUACCCCAGAGAGUUCCAGCAGUGCCCCCCAUCAGGCCAGUGUCAGUGGGCCUCAUUGGGCAGCUGGGAGCUAGCCUAACAUGAUUGCCUGCUAGCUGGGCCACCCCUGGGUGCUACAGACAGGUACCAAACCCGGCCGGGCUCGGCAUCAGGCCCGGGCACUGACUGUGACAGAAGGGCCCCUUCCCAAGGUUGACGUAGGCCUGAGUCCUGUGUUACCCAGACAGCGAGAAGCCCCAGGGCAAGAAGUCGGGAGCAAGGCAGAGAAAAAGGAAAAGGAAAUUGAGACACUUUUAGAAACGGGAGGUUUCACGUAACAGUGUCUUCGAAAGUUAGCCCAGGGCUACAGCAUAGGCUUACAGUGACUUGUGUCCACAAUCGUGAAUCACACUACGUGCCUCACAAAGAAAGGCAUUGGUGAAGUCCAAGUUGUACCGGAGUAAUAAAAGCUUAUGUUUCAA